AAUGAAGACCAAUUAUAUUUUGGGGGGAAUUUAGUGGGCUUAAUCUCAUUGUUAAAGUCAAACAAAACAAUGCUUUGCUGUGAAAGAUAGAACAAAACGCAUUGUUUUUGCCAAAUGCCCGAUGUUUGUAAACGCAGCAUUCGACAUACGAGCUAUUGCCUAAAAAAAACACAACGCCAAUGUAAGCUGGUUGAAAAGGCGUCCAACAUUCACAUCAGUUCAGUAUUCGAACCAGAACAACUAGUUAUAAACAAAAACGCGGAACUUAACACGACAGGAGUCGUUUCUUUUUAUUUGUUUUGUUGUUGUUUACAUUACGCGCUGUCAGAUCACGUCAAGGUAAAGCGAACUUUUAAACUUAGAACAGACAAGGUUGGAGCGACCUUUUCUCUCGUUUUCCCCGUCACUGGAAAUCACGGAAUGUCGACGAGGGGAAGCUUCACGGGUCCGACCAUGAGCCCCGGUCUGAACCCGAUGAAUAUUGGACUCUCAGCGGGCUUGAGGAUGCCCGGGAUGCCGCCUACUGCAGCGGCAUACCCCCGCUCCUUAAGCGGCGCAGCGCAGUACACCCAGCGUCCAGGGAUACCCCUUGGUAGAAUUGGGGGCUCAAUGGGAGUUCAGUUUCCCGGUCCUUCAUACGGCAGCAGCAUGCCCAUGCGGCCUAACAUGGGGCCUCCAGCAGGCAUGGACGCCACGCGGAAGCGCUUAUUUCAUCACCACCUUCAGCAACAGCAAGAGGCGCUGGGAGGCCACCGGCGAGGGGCAAAAAGACGCAAGAUGGCCGACAAGGUUCUCCCACAGAGAAUCCGCGACCUAGUGCCAGAGUCUCAGGCCUAUAUGGACCUCUUGGCUUUUGAGAGGAAACUGGAUCAGACCAUUGCGCGUAAGCGCAUGGAAAUACAGGAGGCUAUAAAGAAGCCCAUUACGCAAAAACGCAAGCUCAGGAUCUACAUUUCCAACACGUACACCCCGUGCAAGCCCGAGGGCGAGGAGGCAGAGAAGGUGUCCUCCUGGGAACUGCGAGUGGAGGGAAAACUUCUGGAAGAACCUGGCAAGCAGAAGAGGAAGUUCUCAUCUUUCUUCAAGAGCCUGGUGAUCGAGCUCGAUAAGGAGCUCUACGGACCUGACAACCACUUGGUGGAGUGGCACCGAAUGCCUACCACUCAGGAGACGGACGGUUUCCAGGUAAAAAGACCCGGUGACGUCAACGUCAAAUGCACGCUCCUGCUCAUGCUCGACCACCAGCCUCCUCAGUACAAACUGGAUCUGCGGCUGGCUCGGCUGCUGGGCGUGCACACGCAAACGCGGGCCAGCAUCAUGCAGGCACUUUGGCUCUACAUCAAGAACAACAAACUGCAAGACAGUCACGAGAAGGAGUAUAUCAACUGCAACCACUAUUUCAGAAAGAUUUUUGGCUGCACUCGCAUGAGGUUUUCUGAGAUUCCAAUGAAACUGGCCGGGCUACUCCAGCACCCUGACCCCAUUGUGAUCAAUCACAUGAUUAGCGUGGACCCCAAUGACCAGAAAAAGACGGCGUGCUACGACAUCGACGUGGAGGUGGACGACCCGCUGAAGAGCCAAAUGAGCAGCUUCCUGUCGUCCACCACCAACCAGCAGGAAAUGGCCGCGCUGGAGACCAAGAUACACGAGACCAUCGAGUACAUCAACCAGCUGAAGACCGAGAGAGAUUUCAUGUUGAGCUUCAGCAAUAAUCCUCAGGACUUCAUCCAGGACUGGCUCAAAUCUCAGUGCCGAGACCUUAAAGUAAUGACAGAAGUGACAGGAAAUCCAGAAGAAGAGAGGAGGACUGAAUUCUACCAGGCGCCAUGGAUGCCCGAAGCAGUUGGCAGAUACGUGUACACCAAAGUGCAGCAGCGAAGACAGGAACUGGAGCAGGUUCUUGGGAUCAGACUCACCUAAAGCAUGAACAUGUCUUUUUAUUAAGAAUGAGUCCAAAUUCAAAUGUUUACAAGCUCUUCUGACAUUCCUUCAAUCUUCCAAGUAGAUUGUCAUUUUCAGCCUUGUUGCAUUUAAAAAAAAAAGUUUCUUCCCAGCAUGCUUCAUUCCAAAGUAAAAAUUGUCUUUGCGCAAUGAUUGCUGUUUUUAUUCUAAACUUUGUGAAUGUUUACAUGUUAUUUUUCUAUGGUAUUACAUUGUUUGAGUUACACAAAUAGGUUCGAAAUGUCUGUAAAUCAAUGUGUCUUGUUUAUAAUACUUUGUAAUUGCAUUAAUCAGCUCAUCAUUGAAAUGCUUUUGUUGCACCGGGAUUGCUUUUAUUUCCUUGAACAUUCCAUGUUUACAGAUAUGCCAAACUGUUAAGAAUAUCAUCUUGCUUCUUCCUUUUCCCCCCAAGGUGGUUAGAUAUUUGCAUGUUAUUUUAACUUCAAGCUCUUGAUCUUUUAUACAUUUGUAGUAUGACCCCCCCGUGACCCGACUCCGGAUAAGCGGUAGAAAACUGAUGGAUGGAGUAUUUUUUAAUAAACAUGCAGACAAUUCUCA